UAAAAAACAAGUGGAAAAAAACCCAGGAACUAACCUUAGCCCCAACAAAAACAGCAUCAGCAGAAGCGGCAACAAUAUCAAUAACAUUCUGUGUUUCCAGCAAUGAAGAACAGCACUCAGCAGUUCAACCACACGCCCCACAUGUCCAAUUCUGGGCCUUCUGGCAAUGUGCAGAAUGGUAAAACUACCGCCAUGUCUCUAAAAAUGGCCCCCGAGAGACGGCCCUACUGUGAUCCCAGGCUGCAGGAUGUCCAGUUUCGUCGCCGAAGGACCCUGCACUUGGUACAUGUGUCACAGGCGCCUAAAAAAGGCGAGAGGCGUCCCAUAAACGAUUGUCCGUUCUAUAACAUGAACUAUAAAUUCGAUCAGUUGCCUCUGGAUCCAGUCAAGGACUAUGUCUUGGAAAAGAUAUCUCACAUGCAAAAUGAUCGAGUCUUGGGUCUCGGUAAUCGUGAAUUUGACUUCCAUGUCUAUCUCACGGAGAAUGCAUUUGAUGAAUGUGAUGAAGACAGCUUGAACGAGUUACAAUUGCAGGACAUUGUAAUGCCCAAGGAAUUCGAAAUGCUGCGUGAUGCCAAGGAUCAUACCUAUAAUUUUGAUAAAAUGGCUUGUAAUCAAUUUCCCUGGAUUGACAAAUGGAUGACUGGCGUGCGACCCAGUGAGCAGGAAAUCUACCAAAUGACCAGCCAGCUUCUGGACAUUUAUUGUGAGCGACGUGUCCGAAUCUUUUAUUUUGACUGUGGAACCCGGUGCGCCCUAUGGAGCAAUCGUUUAAGACAUCAUCAUGGGGCUCCCUCUGAAGUUAUUGCCGCUUAUCGCACACCAACUGCGCGCCAUUUGCGAGUUGCAACGCUGCACAAUAAGCCGAAAAAGGAGCAGUUUCAGCCGGGUGAUCCCUAUGCCUUGAGAACUACAGAGGAGUGCCGAAACGAAUUGAUUCGCAUGGGCAGGGUCAUUGAUAGCAUGUUGGAGCCCGUUCUUCAGGCAGCCCAACACAAUAAAGAUCACGGACGUCUUGGCUAUCCCGACGAUCCCAACUGUGUAGCACAACGUAAGGCGAAUAGGAAAUUGCGCAAACCCAAGUGUAGAGUGACCACACGGCGUAUACAUCGCCGAAACUUUGCUAGUAAUGAGGAAUUUCUACUUUGUCUAAAGAAAAUGGAAGCCACUCGUUUUCCGUAUUUGUCGCCACUGCAGCCCAUCGAACCGGAAAUCCAAAAGCUUAACAAAUUAAACAAAUAUCAAAUUCAAUAUAAAAAUGCUGAGCAGAAAUUCACCGUAAGGAUACAAAAGCGAUAUAAAUGUUUGCUUAAUGGGGUGUCCACCUUGCAGCUGGAAUCGUAUCCUUCGAAGCUCAUAAGCAAAGCAUUCCGUCGUAUUGAUACGCACGGUGAACUGUUGCAAAAUGCCCACAAAUAUAUCAUGCAGGAACAGGUACAUUGGCCCCACUUGCCGCCAGAAGUUAUAUUAAUGGAUUAUCUAUUUAUGGGCGACCGCAAUAUACGACAGGAUCUAGCUGUGCUCAUCACUGUCUGCCUAAUAGACCUUCAGGAGGAUUUUCGCUAUUAUGUGAAGCGAGCAUUUCUACGUUACCUUUUACAGUCUAAAAUGGAGCGCAAACGUUUUCAACUAGAAUUGGAGCCUCCAGAUUUUCCCAUACUCAAUAUAACGUCUCCGGUGCCCUGGCGUUCGAAUCUAUUGCUCGCGAAGAGCCGCAUUGGUGAACUUCUUAUGACAACUCAUCCGACUGUUCAGGCUUUGAACAAGCUUUGGCACGAGCUCUAUGAGGAUUUGGUUGUCGUUGAUCUCUCACAGCUGGUGAUCAACCAACGUCCUCUUGACGCGGAUACCGUGCUGACAUUUGUUCAGAAAAGCUGCGCUUCCAUUAGAGAUCUGCUUCUCACUGAUUGGCUGCCCCGUUGCGCCGAUUUGAUGAAUGAGAUGCGUGCCACAUGGAAGGACAUGGUGCCCAUGGCGGGCAAAUACGGUGGACGUGCGGAUACGCUCUUUCGAUGCAUUCAUGCAGUGAUGUCGCGGCAUUUGUAUAGUCUUAUCAAUAAAAGCAUUAAUUACCUUUUUAAGGUACUGUGCGCCUUCAAAGACGGCAAUUCUAUUGAAAAGUACUCUAUGCAUGAUCCAAAAUUGCGACGAGCCCCAUUGAUGACCUUAAUUUGCUCGGUGGUGGGAGCCCAUUUCGAUAAUGAACAUAUUGACAUGGGUCCGGGAGUGAGACCGAGUGCGAAUGUCUAUGUGUUCGAUGAGGACGAUGCCGAUCCCUUUCAGCAGCCCUUGAUCAAUGUCUUUGUGGAUACAUCACCUGAAGUGGAUGAUGUAGCCCAAUUUGAGCUCGACCACAGCAAUAAAAUCUACAUUUAUCCCUAUAUGCUAGAACUGCCUCAUAUUUUUACGGAUCUCUUUAAGCAUAUAUUGGCUGUGGGCUAUGAGAUUCCACGACUGGAAUACAUAAUGUCUGGAGGAGAGACUGAUACCGAGGGCUUUUUGCACUUUAUUGACGAAGACCAUGAUGAUUUUGUUGAUCUGUGUACUAAAAUCGAAGAGAUCGUCAAGAUCAAUUGGCGUGGAGUUCAUGUGUAUCUGAAACCGAUUUAUAAGUACUAUUUUGGACUUUUUCAGAAGCUUAUAAUGCCAAUGGUGGAGAAGAUAUGGACGGAUAAUGUAUUACCCGAUUUAGUGGUUGUUCAGGAUUUAUUGAAAAAAUUGCUUGCCGUCAGCAAUACAACCUAUCAUCUGCGUGAUUUCAUUCCAUUGAACUUGUUCAUGCUGGAUAAUCGGCAUGUUAAGCUAUCAUUGAGGAUGUAUGUGAAGGAUAUCUAUGAUUUCAUAAUUGAUUUUUAUAAAGCUCUCAAUUUAAACGAGAAUCGAGCCAUUUGCGAGGAACUGGAGGAGAUGUCAAUGAAGGCCGGUGAGCGACCGGAGGAGACACCCGAAGUAGUUGCCCUGCAAAACUAUAUAGCUGAGUGUCGGGAGAUGAGAAUAUUUGCCAUAAAAGAUGAAAUCAAAAACGUGUUGAAGCGGGUUGUAUUCCUGCUGACACAUACCUACCUGUCCGAUGAUGAAAUCCAUCUGAAUACUCGUACAUUUAUAUUGCCUGGUGAGUUGGAGGAGGUUUUGGAUCUCAGCGCCGCCCGGUUGGCAGUGGUGCGUGACAAUCUGGAGGCUGCCUUGAGGGAGCGACGUACCCAAUUCGAAAAACUAUUGUCCCAGGAGAAACGUACUAUGGAUGGCUUUCGCAUUCGGGAGAUACGCGAUGUCUUAACUCUUGAGGAGCUGAAAGAGCGUGUAGAAACAGUGGACAUGCUGUUUAAUACCAUUGAGAAUCUCAGUCGAGAGGCUAAGGCUAUCAAUGUGGAGGAGGGUUUGCUGCAAAUUGAUGUAUCUGCAUUCCCCCUGCUGGCUGAAAUCAUUGAGAAAAUGGAACCAAUUGAGAAACUAUGGAAGACGUCAUAUGAAUUCGAGAAGGAUUAUCUCAUUUGGAUGUUCGAGCGCUUCGAAUGCCUUAAUGCGGACGGUGUGAGGGAGCAAGUAGAGAAUAUGCACAAGAUUAUGUAUAAACUAUCCCGGCAAUUGGCUUACAAUCCUGUUGCAAAGCGGGCUGCGGAACAAAUGCGAAUGAAAAUCGAGAAAUUUCGCGUUUAUCUGCCAGUGCUGGACUCAAUUUGUCGUCACGGGCUGGAGAAGCGUCAUUGGGAUCAGAUAUCUAAGCAUUUGGGUAGGAAAAUCAAUCCGAAGCUGUAUCCCACACUCAAGGAUAUGAUCGAUGCGGACAUAAUGAGUAUUUUGCCGCAAUUGGAGGAGAUAGCCAAUGCUGCUGGCAAGGAAUAUGACUUGAAUGUAGGCCUUAAGAACAUGCAGGCCGAUUGGAAGGAUGUGAUGUUUGAGGUGCUUCAAUAUCGUGAUUCAGAUACCCAUAUUCUGGCAGCUUUGGAUGAUAUACAAACUCUGCUGGACGAUCACAUAAUGAGAACGCAGGCGAUGAAGCGAUCCCCCUUUAUUGUGGCCCUGGGAAGCAAGGCGGAUGAUUGGGAAUCGCGGCUGCUGCUAAUACAGAAUAUAAUUGAUGCUUGGACCCAAGUGCAGAUCACUUGGAUGUACUUGGAGCCCAUAUUUAGUUCCGAGGAUAUUAUGAGACAAAUGCCAUUGGAGGGUCGCAAUUUCAAGGCUGUCGAUAAGACUUGGCGAAGGAUUAUGAAGCACACUCUAAAGGAUCGCCAUGUGAUGGCUGCCACUGAAUAUCCCGAUAUGCUGGAUAUCUUUACCAAGGCAAUUGAAGAUCUGGAGACAGUCCAAAAAGGCCUAAACACAUACCUAGAGCAAAAACGUUUAUUCUUUGCUCGAUUCUUUUUCCUGUCUAACGACGAAUUGCUGGAGAUUUUGUCCGAGACCAAGGAUCCUCUCAGAGUGCAACCGCAUUUAAGAAAGUGCUUUGAGGGUAUUGGCACUUUAACAUUUGAUGACAAUAUGGAAAUCACCGAAAUGAUUAGCGACGAGGAAGAAAGAGUGGCCCUUGUGCGCCGCAUUAAUCCGCAGGCAGCUAAUGGUCUAGUUGAAAUUUGGUUAAAGGAAGUGGAAAUGGUUAUGCUGGAGAGUGUGAAAGAGCAGAUGCGUGAGGCAUGGGAAGAUUAUGCUCUAGUUGAGCGGAUUGCGUGGGUAACAGCAUGGCCGGGUCAAGUGGUGCAAGGCAUAUCCUGCAUGGCCUGGACCUAUGAGGUGGAGGAGGCUAUUGAGCAAAGAACGCUGCCAGCUUAUUUGGACAAGUCCAAUGGCCAAAUUGGUGAUCUGGUCCAGUUGGUACGAACAGAUUUGCAGGCUGGCGUACGCAUUGCCGUGGAGGCCUUGAUUGUUCUGGAUGUGCACGCUCGCGAUGUGGUAAAAUAUCUUACGGAUAUGGAUGUGGCCAAUAUUCAAGACUUCGAUUGGAUCUCUCAGUUGCGUUACUAUUGGAAAACCGAUGAAAAAAACGACGAUUGGGUCUGUGUUAGCAUGGUGGUCACAGAUGUGAAAUAUGGCAUGGAGUACUUGGGCAAUUUGCCCCGUCUGGUGGUUACUCCUCUAACAGAUCGCUGCUAUCGGACUUUGAUGGGUGCUUUGAAAUUAUGUCUGGGCGGUGCACCAGAAGGACCUGCUGGCACUGGCAAAACGGAAACCUGCAAAGAUUUGGCCAAAGCUGUCGCCAAGAAAUGCGUUGUAUUCAAUUGUUCCGAUGGCCUGGACUACAAGGCAUUGGGCAAGUUCUUCAAGGGUCUGGCCCAAUCGGGCGCCUGGGCCUGCUUCGAUGAGUUCAAUCGCAUUGAGCUGGAAGUUUUGUCGGUGGUCGCGCAACAGAUUCUAACCAUACAGCGAGCCAUUGGACGGAGGGUUGUGAAAUUCUUUUUCGAGGAUACAAUGCUUAAACUGGAUCCAACUUGUUCCAUAUUCAUAACCAUGAAUCCUGGAUAUGCCGGCCGUACAGAGCUACCCGAUAAUCUGAAGGUUCUGUUCCGCACAGUGGCCAUGAUGGUGCCAGACUAUGCCAUGAUUGGCGAGAUUACGCUCUAUUCCAACGGCUUCGAUAUGGCACGUAAUUUAUCUCAGAAAAUUGUUCAGGCCUACAAAUUGUGCUCGGAACAGUUGUCAUCGCAAUCGCACUACGAUUACGGUAUGCGCGCCGUCAAGUCCGUCCUGCUGGCCUCCGCAUCGCUACGACGUCUCUACACUGACCUGCCAGAGCCUGAGAUUGUUUUGCGUGCCAUUGUUGAUGUCAAUUUGCCAAAAUUCCUGGAGCAGGAUAUUUCGCUCUUUAUCGGCAUCUACAUGGAUCUCUUUCCCGGCGUCGAGCUGCCCAUGCCGCAACGCGACGACAUCGUCAAGUGGCUGCGGAUUAAUCUGGAGGAGAAGAAUCUUCAAGCAACGCCAUGGUAUUUGGAGAAAAUUCUGCAAAUUUAUGAGAUGCUGUUGGUACGCCAUGGUCUGAUGAUAGUCGGCGGGUCAAUGGGCGGCAAGACUACGGCCUAUCAGGUGCUGGCGCAAACUCUGCGGAAUGUGGCAUCGGAUGAGGAGGCAACCCUUAAGGAGUUUCCUGUCAAUUUUCGCAUUAUCAAUCCGAAAGCAAUAACCAUGGGCCAGCUCUACGGUCGUUUUGACCCGGUAUCGCAUGAAUGGUCCGACGGUGUUCUGGCAAAAACCUUUCGGGAACAGGUGCAGGGUCCCCGGUGGGAACGAGCAUGGGUUAUGUUUGAUGGCCCUGUGGACGCAGUGUGGAUUGAAAAUUUGAACACGGUGCUGGAUGAUAACAAAAAGCUCUGCCUGAUGUCCGGAGAGAUUAUGCAAAUGACCAAAUUAAUGAACAUGAUGUUUGAACCCGCCGAUUUGGAGCAAGCCUCGCCGGCCACUGUCUCCCGUUGUGGAAUGAUCUAUAUGGAACCAUCACAGCUCGGCUGGCGGACUUUUCACAAGAGUUUUAUUAACGUUCUGACAAGCAGUGUGGGACUCAAUGAUAUCUAUAUGACCUUGUUCGAAGAUAUGGUCGACUGGCUGAUACCGGCUGCCUUGCACUUUCUGCCCCAGUGCAAGCAAAUGUUAGAAUUGUCUCCUUUGUAUCAGUACCAGAUGUUCUCCAGAUUUUUUCUGCAUUUUCUCGAGAAGCACAAGAAUUAUAAUCAGACUUGGUUUCAACAGAUGUUUCUCUUCUGCUAUGCCUGGGCCUAUUGUUCGGCCCUUACUGGUAAUGGUCAAAGAACCUUUGACACUCUGCUGCGCAAGGUGCUCUACGGUUCCAACGAGGAUUAUCCCAAGCCGAAGUACUUCUCAUUGAAUCGGGGACAAAUGUUUCCGGAAAAACUUAUAUUCAUGGACUAUCGAUUUGACGAGGCUGAGAACUGGUGGACAUGGCAAAAGUCUAGCGAUGAUCCAUCGGCAUCUAUAACUGACUUUCCGGAUCAGGCUCAAAUUAGUGAGCUGAUUGUGCCCACCAAGGAAACGGGCUAUAUAUCGUAUUGGCAAGAGUUUUGCAUUUCCAAAUCGUAUGGCAUGCUGGUCAUAGGACCGACAGGCACCGGUAAAAGUGCCAUUAUAACCAGCAAUCUCUUGGCUAUGCCCAAGUUUGCCAAUCUAACAAAUAUUAUUAACUUUUCGGCCAGAACUUCAGCGCAAAUGGUCCAAGACAUGAUUAUGAGCAAGUUGGAUAGAAGGAGAAAAGGUGUCUACGGUCCGGCCCUAGGCAAAAAGUGCACUGUGUUUUGCGAUGAUGUCGCUAUGCCCUCUAAGGAUACUUAUGGUUCACAGCCGCCUCUGGAGUUAUUACGCACUUGGUUGGAUCAUGGCUAUUGGUCGGAUCUGGUGGAUACCACAAAAAUCGAACUUGUUGAUAUGACUCUGAUGUGUGCAAUGGGUCAGUUGGGUGGCAGUAAUUUUAUAUUUCCGCGUCUCUAUCGUCACAUGUUUGUGGUAGCUGUUGACUCAUUUGAGGAUUCAACCAUUACUCGAAUAUUCACAGCGAUUGGCGAUUGGCAUUUUGCCAAGGGAUACCCCGAGAAGGUGUCGCUCCUGGCACGCGGCUUAGCCGAGGCAAUGGUCAGUGUGUAUAGGGAGGCCAUUCGCACCUUCCUCCCCACUCCGGCAAAGUCGCAUUAUACCUUUUCAUUGCGGGAUAUCACACGCGUGUUUCAGGGCAUUGUCAUGGUGCCAGCCAAGCGUAUGCCAGAUCCCGAAAAGCUGGGUCGCCUGUGGGCCCACGAAACAUAUCGCGUAUUUUAUGACCGACUGGUGGACCAAGUAGAUCGCGACCGUUUGCUUAUCAUGGCCAUAGAUGCCUGUAAAAACUGUCUCAGAUUUCCAUUGGAGCAGGCUUUUGCGGAACGCAUCGAGCCAGGCGAGAAGCUAAGUGACGAUAACUUAAGAAAUCUGUUUUAUGGCAAUUACAUGGAACCCGAUGCCGAACCCAAGUUUUACGACGAGGGCGAAAACUAUGAGAAAUUGGAAAAACUGAUGAGAUACUACCUAAGGGAAUACAAUUCGUUCUCCAGCACUCCCAUGGAUCUGGUCAUGUUCAGAUUCGCCAUAGAGCAUGUCAGCAGGGUAUCGCGUGUCCUGCAAAUGCCACGCGGAAACAUUCUUAUGGUGGGAAUGGGAGGAUCCGGUCGACGUAGUUCCUGCCGUUUGGCUGCCUAUAUAGCCGAUUGUCGUUUGAUGAGUGUUCAAGUUUCGAAGAGUUAUUCCAUCGCCGAUUGGCGGGACGACUUGAAGAAGAUUUUAAUGAGUGCUAGCUUUAAUUUGAAUCACACAGUGUUUCUAUUCUCCGAUGCUCAGGCAACGGAUGAAGGUUAUGUGGAGGACAUCAAUGGUAUUCUUAAUACUGGUGAUUUGCCAAAUCUCUAUCAACUGGAGGACAAGGCAGCUAUUAUGGAGAAUAUGGCAAAUGUGGCCAAGCAACUGGGUAAAGUACUGGACACUUUGCCCAGUGAAGUGUAUGCCUAUUAUAUAGAUAGAAUUCGGGAACAACUUCAUGUGGCUUUGGCCUUUUCUCCCAUUGGGGACUCAUUUAAAGAGCGCAUCCGUGUGUAUCCUUCUUUGAUAAAUUGCUGUACGAUAGAUUGGUAUAUGCCAUGGCCCGAUGAGGCUUUGGAUCGAGUGGGCACAUACUUUGUAAGUUCAAUGCAUUUGGAUCGACCACUCGAUGAUACGGAUCAAAAGGAGACGAGAGCAUCGGAUGAAUCUGGUCAGGCUCAAGAUGCAGAAGCUAGUCGUGCUACUCAGGGUGAAGUUGAUCGGGAAUUAACCAAACUUGAGCAGGAUUUGGUGUACUGUGUAAUGUAUUUCCACAAAUCUGUGGUAGAAGCCAGUGAAAAAUGCUAUUUAGAAUUGAGUCGUCGUAACUAUGUCACCCCUUCGGCCUACUUGGAACUGUUGAAGGCUUUUCGCUCGUUUUACACACGUAAGCUAGAAGAAAUUACAAGACUGAGGGAUCGAUAUACAACCGGCUUGGAGAAGCUAGAUUUUGCCGCCGGUCAGGUGGGUGAAAUGCAGGCAAACCUUUAUGACUUGCAGCCCAAGUUGAAGGUUUUAUCUGAGGAAACAGAUCGCAUUAUGGUCAACAUUGAGCGCGAAACGGCCGAGGCCGAAAAAAAGAAGGAAGUGGUGGGUGCCGAUGAAGCGGCGGCCAAUGAAGCGGCAGCUGCAGCUCAGGCUAUUAAAGAUGACUGUGAAACGGAUCUGGCAGAGGCCAUUCCUGCCAUGGAAGCUGCCCUAGAGGCAUUGAACACUCUGAAACCUGCAGACAUCUUUGUCGUCAAGUCCAUGAAAAAUCCUCCUUACGGUGUCAAAUUGACCAUGGAGGCGGUUUGUGUUUUGAAAGGCCUUAAGCCAGAUCGCAAGCCUGAUCCUAGUGGUCAUAUGGUGGAGGACUACUGGGGUCCCUCCAUGCGCAUGCUGAGUGAUAUGAAGUUUUUGGAGUCACUAAAGACUUUUGAUAAGGAUAAUAUUCCUCCACCUAUUAUCAAGAAAAUUCGCGAAAAAUAUAUAGCCGACCGCGACUUCGUACCGGAGAAAAUCAAAGCUGCCUCUAUGGCUUGUGAAGGCAUUUGCCGCUGGGUUCGCGCAAUGGAUGUUUACGAUAAGGUGGCUCGGAUUGUUAUGCCCAAGAAGGCCGCUUUGGCCGAAGCAGAGGGGGAACUGAGCCAGCAAAUGGAAAAGCUGAAUGCGAAAAGGGCCGAACUGCAGGUCAUUCUAGAUAAAUUGCAGAAGCUGAAUGAUUUCUUUGCGGAAAAAUCAAGGGAGAAGAAGCGCCUCGAAGAUGAAAUAGACAACUGUGAAAAGAAACUAAACAGAGCUGAAAAACUUUUGGGCGGUCUGGGUGGCGAAAAGACCCGCUGGUCAGAGGCAGCUAAAAAUCUGCAUGAAUCCAUCAGCAACAUUGUGGGCGAUGUCCUUUUAGCUGGCGGCUGCACCGCUUACCUGGGCUUCUUUACCACCGAGUAUCGUGUAAGCAUUUUGGAUGACUGGAAUGCUCUGUGCUUACGCCGGCGUAUACCCUGUAGUGAGACGUUCACAUUAGCUACCACCUUAGGCCAUCCUAUGACAAUACGUGCCUGGUCACUGGCUGGUUUGCCGGCUGACAACUUUUCCGUAGAGAAUGGCAUCAUUGUAACAAACUCAAGCCGAUACUCGCUGCUCAUCGAUCCUCAGGUUCAAGCCAACAAAUGGAUCAAGAAUAUGGAGAAAAACAAUAAUCUCAAAGUGGUUAAGCAAAGUGAUGCAAACUAUAUGCAAGUUCUGGAGUUGGCUAUAUCCUACGGUCAGCCAGUUUUGAUUGAGAAUGUUGGCGAACAACUUGAUGCGAAUUUGACUCCUAUAUUAGAGAAGAAUAUCAUCAAGCAUAAGGGCGGGCUGUUCAUAAAAAGUGGCGACCAAAUGAUAGAAUACAAUCCCGAUUUUCGUCUUUACAUAACGACCUGUCUGCGCAAUCCGCAUUAUCCACCGGAAGUGAUGGUUAUGGUAACAGUAUUAAAUUUCAUGAUAACGGAACAAGGAUUACGCGAACAAUUGCUGGCGAUUGUGGUGGCACACGAGCGUCCCGAUUUGCAAGAGAAGAAGGAACAAUUGAUUAUUGAAUCCGCAAGGAAUCGUGAUGCAUUGUACACCAUCGAAUCGAAGAUAUUGGAGGUUCUAUCCACUUCAGAGGGUAAUGUUCUAGAAGAUGAAAAUGCCAUCAAUAUACUCUCAUCGAGUAAGAUAUUAUCGGAGGACAUUCAGGAGAAACAGGUAGUCGCUGUGGCCACCGAAAUUGAAAUCGAUUCGGCUCGCCAGCAAUAUAUUCCAGUGGCCAAGCAUUCGGCUAUAUUGUUCUUUUGCAUCAGCGAGUUGGCCAAUGUGGAUCCCAUGUAUCAGUAUUCAUUACCCUGGUUCAUCAAUUUGUUCGUAAAUGCCAUAUUGAAGGCACCCAAAUCGGACAAUUUACCAACGCGUCUCAAUAAUCUCAAUGACUUCUUUACCAAGUCAAUUUAUACGAAUGUUUGUCGAUCGCUAUUUGAGAAAGACAAGUUGGUUAUAUCGCUGGUCAUGUGUCUGGGUAUUCUAGUGGCUCAGAACAAAGUAGAUCGAGAUGAUCUAUUGUUCUUCUUGACGGGUGGAAUUGGUUUUAAGAGUGUACCACCGAAUCCUUUUAGCGCCUGGCUUCCCGAAAAGUCUUGGGCUGCUAUUUUCAGAGCUGGAGAUCUCGAUGGCCUGAAAAACUUUCACAUCAAAUUUGAAGAGAAUGUGACGUCGUGGAAAAACUAUUACGACUCCGUCAAUCCAGACGAGCUUCCACUACCUGCUCCCUAUAAUGAGGUCAACGCAAUGUUACAUCUGAUCAUAUUGAAGAGCCUGCGGCCGGAUAAACUUGUUCCGGCUGUGAGGGCCUUCAUUACCCGCAACUUGGACAAGUCGUUUGUUGAGCCACCACCCUUCGAUUUGAGCGCCUCGUUUGCGGAUAGCUCGCCAAAAAUUCCGCUGGUAUUUCUGCUAUCACCCGGCUCUGAUCCCAUGGCCAGCCUCUUCAUGUUUGCCAAACAACGCAACAUGUACGACAAAUUGAAAACUAUAUCCCUGGGUCAGGGUCAGGGACCCCGUGCUGAGAAAAUGAUCGUAGAAGCAGCUCGUCAUGGGCAAUGGGUUGUCUUGCAAAAUUGCCAUGUUGCCUUUAGCUGGAUGGGUGACUUAGAGCGCAUAUGUAAUGAUACCACUCUGACCGAGGGUGCCCAUCCGGACUAUCGCUUGUGGUGUACCUCCUAUCCCAGUGCAGUUUUUCCUGUUUCAGUCCUGCAGAACUCAGUUAAGAUGACCAACGAACCGCCCAAGGGACUACGCGCCAAUAUGCAUCGUUCGUUCUCAUCGGAUCCCUUGAUGAGGGAUAAGUUCUUUACAAAUGCUUUCCUUUUUUCCGACUCGGCCAACAAAUGUUGGCUGCGAGGAGUCUUUGCCUUGGUCUUCUUCCAUGCUGUCGUCCAAGAGAGACGUGAAUUUGGUCCACUAGGAUGGAAUAUACCAUACGAGUUUAACGAGUCCGAUCUAAAAAUUUCCCUAUUGCAACUGAAAAUGUUCAUCACACAGAGCCAGACUAUACCCUUCCGAGGACAUGUGUAUCUGACCGGCGAAUGCAACUAUGGAGGUCGUGUUACGGAUGAUAAGGACCGUCGAUUGAUACUCUCGCUCUUAAACAUGAUCUACAAUCAAAACACCAUAGACGAGGACAAUUAUGCCCUCUCUCAGUCUGGAAACUAUUGUGUUCCCUUCAGUCCAACGCGCUUGAAUUCCAUUGAGUAUAUAUCAACGUUUCCAUUGAGUCCUCACCCGGAGGUUUAUGGUUUACAUGAAAAUGCGGAUAUCAAUAGAAAUGUGAAAGAGACUAAUGCGCUUAUUAGUGGCGUUCUGCUUACACAAACAGAUUUGAUGGCCUCAGUGAAGGCAAGCUCAGCAGGUGGGGCCAAAGAGGAUCCAGCCAUUGCCAUAUGCAAAGAGCUAUUGAGUCGUCUGCCCGACGAGUUUGACAUUAAUGAGGUGUCCAAAGCAUAUCCCGUCAUCUAUACGAAUUCUAUGAACACGGUUUUAAGGCAGGAGCUCAUUCGUUUCAACCGUCUGCUAUCGUAUAUCAAGAAAAGUUUGGUCAAUGUUAGUAAGGCGGUGGUAGGCCAAAUAGCCAUGAUACCCGAACUGGAGCGUGCACAUGGCUCAAUGGUUAUAGGCAAGUUACCGGCGGAUUGGCUAAAAAAAAGCUAUCCCUCGCUCAAACCACUGGGCAGCUAUGUGAGUGACUUUUUGGCACGUUUGUCCUUUUUCCAGCAAUGGAUAGAUCACGGAGAACCAAAUGUUUACUGGAUUUCUGGCUUUUACUUCACUCAGUCUUUCAUCACGGGCGUUUUGCAGAACUAUUCGCGUAAGAAUCGUUUCCAAAUUGACAUGAUCUUUAUUGAGUUCGCAGUCACCAAGUUUGAAACCCAAACCAGUCAAACCCCAGAAGUAGGUGCCUAUAUAAGGGGCAUUUUCAUUGAGGGAGCCAGGUGGAAUCGCAAAACCAAGGAAAUAGACGAAUCAUACUCAAAAAUACUGUUUGACACCCUGCCAGUUAUAUAUCUGCGACCUGUGUUCAAGCAGACAAACGAGGCUCCACGUCGCAGUGGCGGAAUUGUUGAAAUUUAUGAUUGUCCUGUAUACAAGACCAGCGAAAGACGAGGCGUCCUCUCGACCACUGGCCACUCUACGAAUUUUGUCAUGUAUCUGCAGCUGAAAUGCUCUCAGACACCCAUGCAUUGGAUUAAUCGGGGCACGGCCUGUCUCUGCCAACUGGAUGAUUAAAAAUUGACCUGGAGGCAUAUCGGAUGCUUCCAGGGUAUGGUGGGUUGGUGGGGUUAGGCUUUUGAUUCUAUCACACAAAAUGUACAUAUAUGCAACCAUAUAAAAAAGUAUAUAUAUAUA